ACCUGGGCCACCUGCCCCCCCCUCCCCACGACCCACCUGGACCACCCGGAUCACCCGACAUGGACGCGCGGAGCCCCAAAGCCCCGGGCGGGGACGCGCUGCGGGACGCGGCAGAAAACCUAUUUCAGGAACUUCAAGAACAUUUUCAAGCUCUAACUGCAACUCUGAACCUCAGAAUGGAAGAAAUGGGAAAUCGCAUCGAAGAUUUACAGAAGAAUGUGAAUGACUUAAUGGUGCAAGCUGGGAUUGAAAAUUCUAUUAAAGAACAAAUGUCAAUCUGGUCACAGCAGUGAGGGCCCAGCAGGCACCAUCCAAAGACACUAUUCCAAGACAUGGGACAGCAGACACUACCACCCCCACACUCCAGAGACAACGAACAGAGCUCCAGGAGGCCACUUGCCACAGUACGCGGCAGAGCCUGGCGGUGAAACCAGACAGGGCUGCAGGGUGUGGCCCCGGCUCCCCACAAGAUGUUCCUGGGAAGAUCCUAACCACCCACCCAUCAACAUGCUGCUGGGGUGAGAGACACUCAACACUGUGAUAAGGAAACCAGCUGCAUGUACUGAAGAGCUGUGGUUUCUACAGAAAAUACAGCCUGCUUAAGUUCGUUAGAUACGAUGUUUGGAGGAAUAAGAAACGACUUCUUGGGGCGCC